GACACAGCGAUUCGAUUGUCGAUUCGCGGAGAACAAAAAUAUAUUGUUAAAUUGAGCGAUUGAUCACUAAAUUUAGAAGAAGUCCAGUUUGUUUAAUGUAGACAAUUUUAUCACAGUCCAAAGUGCGCUAGCUUUUCGCCAAUCAUUUUGGCUGCCAUGUGAGGUUUCUAAAUAUUUACAGGCUAUAAAUAAGCAGUCUGAAGAAAAUUAAGGCCAUUUGUUUGCUUCAAGGGCGAGAUGAAGGAAGGCAAGGAUAUAAGCAGCUUGGAAGAAAAACUAUUGGGGGAAGAUACUGGCAAAACGAGAUUUACGAUCGACCGUUUGUUGGAAAAAUGGGUUGGGGAAUUCGGGCGUUGGCAAUUGAAGCAUUUUUUAUUGGUGAGCUUUGCAUGGACGCUGGAGGCGAUGCAAACAAUGGUUAUGAUUUUCGCCGACCAUGAGCCUGACUGGCGCUGCAAAUCGAAUAAUCCUUUGCACGGCAGUAAGAUUUUUACGGAAAGUGGUGAAUGGCUAGGGUUCGAUCCCUGCAGCCCUGCAUCAUCGAUUUGCUCCAUGGACAGAUCGUUGUGGGAGUGGACGAGAGGAAGCAGCGUUUCCACCGUCUCUGAAUGGGGACUCUUCUGCGCACAAAAAUAUAAAGUAGGGCUUGCGCAGUCUGCUUUUUUUAUCGGAUGCUUGAUUGGAGCAGGGGUUUUCGGACACCUGUCGGACUCGUCCUUGGGCCGGAAGGGGGUUUUAAGGUUGGUCUGCAUUUUAAACGCCAUUUUCGGAUUCAUGACGGCAAUGUCGCCGAAUUUCUGGAUUUAUUCACUACUCCGCCUAUUAACAGGAGUUAGCACAGGCGGUGUAGGCCUGUCAUCAUUCGUGCUGGCAACAGAACCAGUGGGACCUUCGAAGCGAGGUCCCGUCGGCAUGUCCGCCUUCUAUUUCUUCUCCCUCGGCAUAACAAUCCUUCCCCUCUUAUCCUAUUUCUUCACCACCUGGAGACUCCUGUACGUCGUGAGUUCGAUUCCUUCCCUACUCUACGUCCUCCUUGUUCUGCCCUUCAUUUCAGAAUCCCCGAGAUGGUACCUGGUAAAGGGCAGGACAGAAGAAGCCAUGGCCGUCAUGAGGUCGAUGGCCUUCCACAAUGGCAACAUUUUGCCGGUAAACGUCUCCCUCGCCUUGGAAGAAGAAAACGAACAAUCUGACGUGGACCCCUUCCAGGAGGUGAGCGGGAGCCCCGUGGACAUCUUCAGGUCGCCCGUUACGCGCACCAGAAUGGUAUUCAUGUUAUUCAUCUGGUUAUCAUGCGCUCUGGUGUACUACGGCCUGAGUCUCAACGUUGUAAACCUCAAAACCAGCCUCCACGUUAGCGUCUUCCUCAAUGGAAUAUGCGAAAUGCCGGCCUUCGCCAUUACUGCAACUCUUCUGCAAAAGCUGGGGAGGCGCGUAAUGCUGGUAUCCACAAUGCUCUUGAGUGGUUUCUGUGCUGUCGCGGGCAGUUUAAUAAGCAGCGGGCAGGGAAUUGCUACGCACAAGUUUCUGGGCAUUCUGCAACUCGGGUGCAGUAUGCUCGGAAUAUUCGGCAUGGCAGGAACAUACAAUUUGCUGUAUAUAUACACGGCUGAGCUUUUUCCGACCGUUGUGCGCAACGCUGCACUGGGAAUGGCAAGCGUGACGGGGAAUAUGGGUGCUAUUUUUGCUCCGCUGGUGAUCGUAUUGGCGACCGUAAAUCCAGGGCUGCCGUUCGGAGUUAUUGGUGCGUGUGGAGUGGCGGGUGGAAUUGUGGCCAUUAAAUUGCCGGAGACGCUGAACCAGCCUUUGUAUGAAACGAUGACGGGCUUGGAGUGGGGAGAGACACGUGGAAAAUGUGAUAGCUAGCUAGGCUAUCACAUCGUUACUGCUGUUGUCAAGUUUCCUCUGGUUUCCGAGUUUAGUCAAGCAAUGAGCGUAUGCGAGCUGUGCAGUGGGAAUUGAGUUCGAGAUUUUCGUAAGUUUCUAAUUUGUGGAGAGUGGAAAUUGAAAAUUUUGUUUAAUAAAUUUUAUUUUUAGGGA